AUGAGUCUUCGGCCGGAGCUGUUCUCAGAUUCACCGAGAAAGGACGUGUCGUGGGAAAGACCCUCAGGUUUCUCCACACAUAUGUGGUCCCCCACCGUGACUCCCGCCCUAGGGAUGCUGAGGCUCAGCCUUCCCAGGGAGUGGUACGGUCCCGGGGUGCACCGGGCAAAGCCUUCCGGCGGGGAGAGGUGUCGCUGCGCAUGCGUGCCGGUGUGGUCCGGGAAGAGCGGCGGGAUGGCGCUGCCGGGUGGAAAUAAGGAUAAUAUCAGAGCUGGAUGCAAGAAGUGUGGCUACCCUGGUCAUCUGACAUUUGAAUGUCGAAACUUCCUCCGAGUGGAUCCUCAAAGAGAUAUUGUUCUAGACGUUAGCAGCACUAGCAGUGAAGACAGCGAGGAGGAGGAACUACAGAGAUUGCAAGCCAUGCGUGAGAAAAAGAAUUUAAAUGAAGAGGAAGAAAAAAAGAAACAAAAAAGAAAAAGCAAAGAGAAAACAAAAUUGAAGAGACUUAGGAAAAGAUCUUCCUCAUCAAGUUCUGCAGAAGAGGAUGAGCCAAAGUCAAAAAAACAAAAGUCACGCAAAAAAGAAAAGGAAAAGGGGAAAAAGCAUAAAUCUAAGAAAGGAAAGCAUCAUAAAAAGGAGAAAAAGAAGAGACGAAAGGAAAAAAGUUCAUCUUCUAAUAGUUCAGACAGUUUGAGUAGUGACUGACAUGCUAGUCUAUUUUUGCAUUCACUUCUGCAGAGAUAAUUUUCCUUUCAUAGCAAGUUUAUUUAUGCUUUGCAAUGCUGUUGUAAAAUGGGAUAUAUUUUUUUUUGAGAAAUCUAUUUGCAUACAUCAGUGCUUCAAAUUAUUAGAUGGACCAUUUAUGAAAAAAAUUGCUUUUCUAUUUCAGGUUUAUUAGUACUAAACCAUGAAACUGGUUCUUCACUCUGAUUUUUAGUUCAGUUGUGAUUGUGCUGGUAAUCCUUAACAGUAGGAUGUGGUAAAUUUCAGUUUGCAUAGAAAACUGAAUUGUGUAGAAUAAUUUGUGUAGAAUGAUACAGAUUUAAUGUCAGAAUGGUUACAACAAAUUUGGAAAUUCAAGUGAGAUUUUCUAUUACCCUUUAAAUAAAUCAUUGAAAUUUGUAUGAAUAUUAAAGAUUUUGUCAUUUGGUAGGUUUGUGUUUACAGGACUCUUGGGAAUGUUUCCUGCAGUUUAGUCAGAUAGUUCCUCUGUUGUAUUCUGAGCUCUCUUCAAUGGUAUGUUGGUUCUUUUCCAGCUGCAAGGGAGCAUAUAUGAUAGACAACAGAAGUCUUAGCCAUCGGUAUCCAAGAGGUGGAAUGAAAAGA